AUGCUACCUAAUUUAAUUAAACCGGACGUAAAACCAAGAUCAUUUUCUCUUAACAUAGAUUAAUAUGGUAUAAAAUAAAAAGGUAAAAGGAAUACUUCCCAUUACUCUUAUAAAAUUGUAGAAAAAUUACAUUCUUAACCUACAUCUAAUGGGAAUAUCAAUAUAAAUCAAUAAAAGGAAAUAUAAGGAUCAUUAAUUAUUAUUAUUGGGAAUGUUGAAUCCUUUUUAAAAGAGAUAGCAUCGAAUCAUAAAUACUAAUAAUUUUUAAAGUUCAAAGAUUUUCUAAAUGACAAAUAGGUUACUUAAUUUUUUCAUUAUAUGUCAAAUUUUCUAGUAAAUUUAUAGAGCUCUAUUUUUGAACAUCAUUAUUGUACUUUCUCAUUAAACAAUAAAAUAAUUGAUAUUGAAACUGCAGAUAGUAAAACAGUUUAUGAAGUUAUUACAGAAUUUUUACAUCGUAAUCAAAAAAACCAUGAAAACCUAUAUAUUUAUGGAGGAGAUUUUUAAUUAAUUCAUAAAUCAGAGUUUAGAUAAAUUAUAUAUAUUUCUGGAUAAAGAAUUGAAAAAUAAAUUAAUAAAGACAUCAAAAUGAAUGAAAAAAUAUUUAGAUUUAAGACAUAAUUAUAAAAUUAAUAAAAUGAUAUUAAUUCAGAUGAUGUUUUAAUAGAUCAUAGAGUUUAUUAAAUUGGAAUGCAUAAAAAGAAUAAAGAGAUUAAAUAAUAUUUAUAGUAAUAAAAUAAUGAGAAACGAGAAUUUGUUUUAAAAUAAGGUAUGAAUUUAUUUAAUAUAUAGGAAAAUCAAAAGAAUUACAAAUAAAGAAAAUUAGUAGUAGUUAAAAAGAAAAAAAAAUAGAUUUAGCUUAAGAAUUACCAUAAAUAUGUGAUUAAAUUUAUGAAAAGUUUAAAAGGUUAUUUCACAUAGAAUAUAUAAGUGUAGAAAGAGAUGUAUUUUCUUAAUUUCUAUUACUUUGUGAACUCAGUAUUUAUUAUUCAAAAAAUCUCACUUUAUAAUAAUAAAUAUCUAGAUUAAAUGAUGAUAAUGAGAAAUUUAGAUUACUUAUAAAUAAUGUACUUUAUUUUGAAUUUAAAAUUCUAAAGAGUAUGAAUCUAAAUUUAUAAAAAUUAUAAAAUAGUGUAACACAGACAUUAUUGAAAUUUAUCAAUUAAGAUACUAAAUGUUAAGAUACUAUUAAUAAAAUAUAUUGGAAUGCAUUUUUAAGAUUCAAAACAUUUUAUAUAGAUUAAAAAUGGACAACUAGUGAUUUUCGUUACUUUUUACUAUUACUUAAUGAAGAAUCUCCACUAACUUUAUAGAUAUACUUGUAAUUACCUUUAAGAGAGUUAUCCAAAACAAUUUUCUCACUUAAUGAAGACUUACUAUAAUAAAUAGUAUGGUAAAUUUUAUAUACUAAAUAAUUAUGA